CGUUGAGGGGGUUGGCGUUGAGAGUGCUGAGGACGACGUCGGCACACUGAAUGUGCUGCUUUUGUCCUGCUGUACAGUUGUGGUCGAUGUGUUCCCACGACUAUGGGCGCUGCCGAAUGUCCAAGAAAGGAAACUUGAAGAGACUCUGUCAAGGACCUCUGGACUCACCGUUCCCAACAGCCAUGGCCUCCUCAAAAUCCCUAUCUCGUGAGCAAGUCGCAUCUGCUCAGGUACAAGGCGACUAUACCAUCAAGCCCGAAACUGCACAGCCAAAACUCGACACCUCCCAAUGGCCAUUGCUGCUGAAAAACUAUGACAAAUUGCUUGUUCGUUCAAGCCACUUCACUCCCAUUCCUACUGGAUGCAGUCCCCUUAAGCGGGACAUUCAGUCUUAUGUCAAGUCUGGUGUAAUCAACUUGGACAAACCUUCGAACCCCUCCUCUCAUGAAGUUGUCGCGUGGAUGAGGCGAAUCCUACGUGUAGAAAAGACAGGUCACAGCGGUACCCUCGAUCCAAAAGUCACUGGGUGCUUGAUCGUUUGCAUUGAUCGUGCAACCAGGCUCGUGAAGUCUCAACAAGGCGCAGGAAAAGAGUAUGUUGCCGUCCUUCGUCUACACUCCGCCCUUCCCAACCCUGCUUCCCUUCCUCGCGCAAUACAAACUCUCACUGGUGCUCUCUUCCAACGACCUCCACUGAUCUCUGCCGUCAAGCGUCAACUCCGUAUACGAACCAUCUACGAAUCUAAACUGCUCGAGUUCGAUGAAAGGCGUAACUUGGCCGUUUUCUGGGUCUCAUGUGAAGCCGGGACAUAUAUCCGAACGCUAUGUGUGCAUCUUGGUCUCGUGCUUGGUGUUGGUGGACAUAUGCAGGAGCUUCGACGAGUGCGCAGUGGUGCUUUGAGCGAGAACGAUGAUAUGGUGACUAUGCACGACGUGUUGGACGCACAAUGGCAGUACGACAAUACUCGUGAUGAAUCAUACCUUCGACGCGUCAUUCGACCGCUUGAGUCAUUGUUGGUUGGCUACAAGCGUAUCGUUGUCAAAGACAGCGCAGUUAAUGCCGUUUGUUACGGUGCAAAACUCAUGAUUCCUGGUCUCUUGCGAUACGAGGCCGACAUUACUCUAAACGAGGAGAUCGUUCUCAUGACGACAAAGGGUGAGGCGAUUGCUCUCGCUAUUGCUCAAAUGUCUACCGUCGAACUAGCAACGUGUGAUCACGGUGUUGUCGCAAAGGUCAAGCGGUGUAUCAUGGAACGUGACACUUACCCGCGAAGGUGGGGUCUCGGACCAAAAGCCAUGGAGAAGAAGAAGAUGGUCAAGGAGGGCAAGCUGAGCAAGUUCGGUGAGAAGAUUGAUGGCGUUACUCCAACAGAAUGGAGCAAAGACUACGUCGAUUACUCAAGAGAGCAACCCCCUGCUGGUCCAUCCACUGCUGCUGCGGCCGCUGCACCAGCACCAGCACCUGUAACAGAGGUUGAGGUUGAAAAGGCCCCAACCAGCCCAGUCAAAGAACAUAAGGAGAAGAAGCGCAAACGCAAGUCAGAAGUCCCGGAUGCUGACGGUGACGUUUCCAUGGUAGUGGAUGGGGACGAAGCAGGCGAGGAUGAGGCAGCGAAAGCGGAACGCAAGCGUCUGAAGAAGGAGAAGAAGGCGGCGAAGGAGGCAGCGGCAAAAGCUGAGGAAGAUGAGGAGGCGAAACGGGAACGGAAGAGACUGAAGAAGGAGAAGAAGGCAAAGGAGGCAGAGUCAUGAUACAGUCAGUAAUGAUGAUACGUCCCCGCUGUUAUCGUUAACUACUGGCUUCUUCGAGUUGCGAGUGUGUGCGUAUACGUGUACGUGUGCAUUUUGUUUGUCAGAUUUCCCUUGUAUAUCAUCUUUUUAUUCUUUUGCUAUAAUAGUCCCUCUUGGAUCGUCGUUCCUCGGGUCCUUCAGAGUCACUGAUUCAGGUUGUGGUCCUGUAGGGCUGCGCCAAUUUCACAUUGCUUUUCGCGGGAAGUCAGGCACUAGGGUCGAGGGUUACAAAUAUACUUAUACUCUUUGUCUUGUAUGUCUCUUCAUCGCCUCACUGCAGCCAGGGGACUCACAAGUAAGGAUUCACUAUUUCCCGUUCUCUCUUGCCUUUCACCUUUCACAAUACGUCCAAAUUUCAUCUCGGUGUCCUCGAACUGCAUCCCGUCCAUUGGUUACAUACGUAUUGUUCUCCGAAUCCGAUGUCUGAUUGGCACCUGUCCAACAAUCUCCAACAAUGUAAGUAGUCUCCGGUACGCAGACCAAUGACCGGUCUAUUUGCCAACAAUGCAUAUGCGGGUCACAUCUC